AUGGUAGAACCGUCUGCCUACAGCGAGAAGCUCACCGCGGAAUCCGCCGACUGGUGCCGAUUUCCCAGUUUAGGAGCAUAUUUCGCUCCUCAUCCAAGAGACGAACCGUAUCUUCGCAACGAUGGUCUCGGAUCCAUCCUGGACUCUGUCCAGUCCUUGCAUCCGCCCCGGUCCUCGUUUACCUCCGACGAAGAUGUAGAACACCACGGCCCGCCGGUGGCAGCAUCCGAUCAACCCCCCGGACCCAGCACACGCAGGUCCCGACUGGGCCGUCCCCGACGACAAAACCAUUCAUGUGAUCAGUGUCGGUCGGGAAAGAGAGCAUGCGAUUUACCGCUGGAUCUGACCAUCCACAGGCAGAGACCCUCCGCAGUUUGCUCGCAGUGCAAUAUUCGCGGCAUAGAAUGUACGGUUGCGUGGCUAGCCCGCAAGCAGGCCCUCCAACAGUCUUCUAGACAGACGAACGCCAAGUCGCGCAAUGCUGAAAGAAACAAGGCUGUGGAACCUACCGGCACAACAGAAAAGGAUGAGGCACGGGGAGCACGGGUUUCCGUUCCGGCGAUUGUUUCACCCAUAUCGAAGGCGAGUGAGGACCUGACAGGUCAACUGCUUGCGCGACAGGCGUGCUCGGAGCGGUUCGGCCUCUACGUCGAUAUCGUCGACAUGCCCAUGUCAGAAUGCCUGCGCCAAGGCAGCAUGCCACCGCAGUAUUCCUUUGGUAUUGCAGCAUGGGCGUUGCUGGGAGAAAGCCCCCAGAUGUCCACGUACUUUGGAAGAGCGAAUACAUGGAUCCAAAGCUGCUGGGAUACAGAUACUGAUUCAAACGACGAUCAGAACUUCGCAGCUCCACAUUUGUUCCGAGCUGUCAGCCUCUUGGAUACGAUAUUCCAGAGGGAAAAUACAGAAACCUACAGCGCAUCUAUGGCAUCCCGUGAUGCGGCAAUCACGGAAGCAUACAAGUGGGUGGCGGUGGCAUCAGCAGCGCAGCUGGCCGUCGACCAGGACAGAAGUGGAACGAGAGGGGACUCCAACGCUGGUCUUUGUACGCAGCAGGCCCAGGAUAUCGCUUACUCUGCUUGGCGUAAGGCGAAGCAUCUGGUGUUCGGGAACCUGGCCGCUGUGAGCUCCUUCCGCUUGGCCCUGGCGAUGCUUCUGUUCGGCAAAAUAGUGCCUCUCAAGUAUAGCACUGGGCAGGAGGAAUUCGAGGAAGACUCCGCGUAUGCCUUCUGCCAAGGGGUGUGGCGCCUGAGGAGGCUCUGCGCAGGAGCCCGGGCGCGUCUGAUGGCACAGGCAACGUCGGGAGGCCAUGACUAUGAUUUGGAGAUCGAAGCGCGCCGCAGAAGACCAACUCCCACUCUGGCGCAUUCCCUACAGUCAGACAUCAAGGGCAACGUAUCGGAGCUAAUUGGUGCCAUUGAAUGGCUAAUAACAAUGUUGAACUCAGUAAAAAUUGGCAUCUCGCUUGGGAAAUUAGGUGCACUGCCUGUUGAGGCUUACAUGUCGGCCGACGACGAUCCUCGACCACAGACAGACAAAUCCCAACAAUAUCUGGUAUCAUUUUUAAGUGGAGGGUUUGAAGAUUCCAUUUUAAGCCACGUGAAGCAAAGGGAAGGCCCCUUCACAGUCCUCUGGGUCAACGGACUGUCUGACGAUACGAUCGUGCGAAGCAUUAGGCAAUUGGCAGCCCUCGUAGUGCUCAUCUGGAAGGACCUAGCCCACCUGGUGCUAGUAUCGAGGGCUUCGUAUAUCGACGAAGCGGACUUGGAUGUCCUUCACAAGCGCUAUGUUGCUACGAUAACACUUAUCAAACUUUGGCGGUCUGCAUUUGGGGUUCUGAGUGACACGAUGCGGUACGACCUUCAAAACCUCCAUUUCAGCCUCUGGCGGUUGGUUGCUUUCUCCUGCAUCGACACCGAGCUCGCGGUACUUAUUUUCUGCGAGGUUUCUCAGAAUAUCGAAACACGUUUAGUAGCUCAGGCAUCCACACCUGGCGCCAGCUGCUUCCUCAAUGCCCUCCAAUCAACUAGUGCCUACCGCAAGAAAGAGUCACUUUUAAGUUCCCAGCAAGUCGCUCUUAUCUCAUCAACAUGCAGGGGUGUUUCGAGACCAGGACACCAGGGUACCACUGGCCUGAAGGCAUAUGUUCAGGAUAUUUGCGCACAUCCAGUGGGAGCUACUCCUCUUUCUAUGAUAACAUGUUCUUAG